UUGCUGCCUUGUUGGUGAUCAUGUUGCUAAUUGGGACUAAGUACUUCCUAUGGCUGAAGUUACUUAUAACAGCUCUGUUAAUCAAUCUACAGGUCGCAACCCCUUUGAGGGUGUGAUAGGUUUUACUUCCUAGGAAACCAAUAGAUUUAGUUCCCUUACCCAUUGAGGCUCGUCCUAGUGUUGAAGCUGAUGUUAUUGCCAAACACAUGCAUGAGAUACAUGAUGAUGACCAACGAAGGAUUGCAACAAGCAACAACAGCUACAAAGCACAUGCUGAUUUAAGGAAAAAGUUUGUUGAAUUCAAGGAAUGAGACAUAGUUAUGGUCCGUGUUAGGCCUAAAAGGUAUCCUAAGGGUGUAUACAAUAAGCUUCAUUCAAAAAGUGUUAGCUCUUACAAGAUUAUGAAGAAAAUGAGCUCUAAUGCCUAUGUUCUUAACUUGCUGAAAAAUAUGGGAAUAAGUAAUGUCUUCAAUACUGAGAAUCUUACUUUAUAUCGAGCGUAUGAUGAUAAUACACCUACAGAUGUUACUGUUCCUAAACUCCCACCAGAUCCACGGGUGAAGGAAGAGACUGAAGAUAUUAUUGAUCAUCAACUUGUGUCUACUAGAGGAGGUGGCUAUCAAAAGUAUCUCAUCAAAUGGAUAGGGGGCCCGCUUUCUGAUUGCACGUGGAUCACCGAUAAUGAGUUACAAUGCCUAAACCCCAACUUCUAUGAACAGUUCCAUGCAUUUAACUCGCUAGGGUUGAGUUUUUUUAAGCCAGAGAGAGAUGAUGGGGACAAAUGAAAACAACCUUAUAAAAUUUAUAAAAGGCGAGAAAAAGAUGCUUCCAAGGCUCAAGCUUUAAUU